AUGAAAUCUCCGAGAUCGGAAGGAAGAAAAUUCAUCAUCCCUUCUUUCUUCUUCAUCAUAGCUCUCUGUGUGUUAGCUUUCAUCAACGAAAUCAGGUUCGACAGUUUAUUGAGUUUCGGAAGAUGUGCUCUGUCAAAGUUUCCGAUGAACAACGGAUCAUCGGAGACUCCACUGUUGUCUUCUUCUUCUUCUUCAGAGGAUGAAAUUAGGAUUCUUAUCGGAAUUCUUACACUUCCCGAUCAGUACCCACGUCGGAAUUUCCUCCGGAUGAUCUACGGUACUCAGGCUGUUCCCGCCGGCGUUAAGAUCGACGUGAAGUUCGUGUUCUGUAAUCUGACUAAAGAAGAUCAGAAAGUGCUUGUCGCUUUGGAGAUCAUGCGUUAUGAUGACAUCAUCAUACUCAAUUGCAACGAGAAUAUGAAUAAAGGCAAGACCUACACUUACUUCUCAAGCUUACCAGACAUAUUCAACGAAACCGGUUCACCAAACCCACCGUACCACUACGUAAUGAAAGCCGACGACGACACAUACAUAAGACUAGAAAGCCUCGUCGCAUCUUUAAGACCAUUGCCUCGAGAUGAUCUCUACUAUGGUUACGUCAUUCCAUGUCCAAGCAUGGACCCGUUCGUACAUUACAUGUCAGGAAUGGGUUACUUAGUGUCGUGGGACAUUGCGGUUUGGCUCAAAGACUCGGAAAUUCCCAAGAAACAUCUAGAAGGUCCUGAAGACAAAGUGUUUGGCGAUUGGAUUCGAGAAGGAAGACGAGGGAAAAACCGGUUUAACGCCAAGUGGUCGAUGUAUAAUUUUCCUGAGCCACCGACUAGAUGCACACAUGAGCUUUGGCCGGAUACUAUUGCUGUUCAUUUGUUGAAGAACCAAGAGAAGUGGAUACGGACUUUGAAGUAUUUUAACGGUUUAUCGAUCGACCGGGAAGCGCUCUUUGACUUCUUACUCGUCGAUCUUCCAUUUGCUGUUGGUGCAUUUCUAUUUCUACGUCUGAAGAUGGGAAGCAGUCCACCUCCAUUUCUUGAUAUUGGCAAGAAAGCCAAAGAUCUUCUGAACAAGGAUUACAUUUUCGACCACAAGUUUACCCUGACAAUGCUGAGUGACACAGGAACGGAAUUUGUAGCUACAGGUUUGAAGAAAGAUGAUUUCUUUUUCGGCGACAUAAGCACACUGUAUAAAGGUCAAAACACCAUUGUUGAUAUGAAAAUCGACAGCCACUCAAGUGUGUCCACGAAAGUAACUGUCAAAAAUCUCAUGCCAUCUGCUAAAGCUGUCAUCAGCUUCAAAAUACCUGAUCACAAGUCUGGCAAGUUGGAUGUGCAAUAUGUUCAUCCUCACGCCACGCUCAAUUCCAGCAUUGGCCUAAACCCAACUCCUCUGCUAGAUCUUUCAGCAACAAUCGGAAGCCAGACUCUUUGCCUUGGCGGUGAAGUCAGCUUCGACACAGCUUCCUCGACACUAACAAAGUACAACGCCGGAAUCGGUCUCAGCAAGCCAGACUUCUCCGCUGCGCUCAUACUUGAGAAUAAAGGGGAGUCUCUGAGAGCCACUUACGUCCACGCGAUGAACCCAACCACAUCCGUCGGUGCGGAGCUGAUCCGCCGCUUCGCCGAUGAUAACAACAGCUACAGCUUCGGAAGCUCUCACUCUGUGGAUCCAUUGACGACGGUGAAGACCAGAUUCUCUAACAGCGGGAAAGCAGGGAUGGUGGUACAGAGAGAAUGGAGACCAAAGUCGCUCGUGACCGUCUCAGCUGAGUAUGACUCGAAGGCUGUAACCUCUUCACCGAGGCUUGGUCUGGCUCUUGCCCUCAAACCAUAA